AGGUCGUGGUGACAAAGGGAAUGAUAUACGCUGGCGUAUUUCAAAUAUCCCAUUUGUUAUUCAAUGCAAAACUUGAGAAGUACAAAAAAAUAGGAUCAUUUGUCGUACGAGAGAUGGAUGAGUUUUCUCGUGAAGGCAAAAGUUCUAGAUUUAGACGCGUGAAGCGUGGUGACAAAGGGAUAGAUAUACUCUGGCGUAUUUCAAAUAUUCCAUUUGUUAUUCAAUGUAAAAACUUGAGAAGUCCUUACGUCGUCCGUGUCAGCCAGCAAGAAAUUCGUGAUGGCCUUCUCGAAGGAAUAGUUAUUCCUUGUGCUAUAGAGGAUGUCCUCACCGAUAGUGCGAAAUUAUAUUAA